AUGCUAAAACACGUAGUACUAGGGAUUGUACUGCUGCUGAGUGUCUGGGGAGAAAAUGAAAAGACACCAGAACUCACAGAACCAGAAAAUGCACAAAUAGAAGCAGAAUGCCCCCAUGGGUGCACUGAAAUAUUCAAAAGUAUUUUCAUUCAGACAGAUAUGGAUAAGGCAAAAGAAGAAAUUGAGAAGAAUCAAGGCCCAUGCAAGUACUUCUAUAAGUGGUUUAUCUCCACGUAUGUUGACUUUGAUAUAAGAACUGGUGUUGAGUCACUUUGGAAAUCAUUGAAUUCAACUUGCAGCACAAGAAAUCUUGCCUACUUAGUGUAUGCCACUAAAAUGCACAGAAAACAGAAUAUUAUUGGAACAGAAGAAGAGACAGCAUAUUACUACAGACUAGUAGCAGAAGAAGUCUUCAAGAAUUUCUUCAAGAAAAGGAUCAUUCUAUUUGCAAAGUGGAAGUUCAGCAACUUACAGAAGGAAGGUGAAAAUGCAAAAAUAAUUAAGUUCAUAAAGACAUUAAAGAACAGUGGAGAUGCAGGGGCAGCAGAGAAUCUUCUGUCUCUUAUAAGGAUAGGUCAUGUUGAACUGGAACAUCACGUGGAUUUCCUUAAGGAGUGUGCUAGGAAGGGAAGUUUUGAUGCAAUGGGUAUCCUAGGGAAUAUGUACUACUAUGGAUGGGGAGUGAAACCAAGUAAAAUAACUGCCAGGCACUACUUUGCAGAAGGUGCCCGUGGGAAUGACCCUGAUUGCCUGAAUGGCUUAGGGAUGAUUAGCCUAGAUGAAGGUGAUAUCUAUGAAGGAAAAGCAUACUUGGAGAGGGCUUCAGCAAUUGGCUCACAGGAAGCAGACUAUAACCUGUAUAAGAUGUAUGCUGGGUCUAAUACGUUCAUUGGGGAAGUGCAUUUAAUGAAGGCUGCAAAACAAGAUGGAUAUUUGCCUGCUGUAUUCACAUACGCAGAGAAAUCAUGGAAGAAAAAGGAAAUUAAAAAAGCCGUUAUUUCACAGUAUAAAAGUAUAGCUGUAUAUCAUGACCAAGUAUUAGCCCUGGAGAAAGAAGCAGUUGAAAUGUGCAAGAAACACAAAAAUACUGAAGCAUUCUAUCUCUCCUUGUUGAUCAGUGACUUAGGCCCAAAGACAAGCUGCGAGAAUGCAAUGUACAUCCUGAAGAACAGGAUCAUUAAAAUCCCAGGAAAAAGAACAUUCCUUGGGAGACUACUGACUGCAAGGACUGAGAAAAAUAAAGCACCUGAGAAAGUCCCAGAUGAAGAGCACCCCAUAAAGGAAGAGACACAGGAUGCAGCAGCUACUGUGAAUAAUCUCGUGCAUGAAAGUGAAAAUGAACCUGAAAAUUCCAAUAACGGAAAGAUAAAACCUGAAAAUUCCAAUAACGGAAAAACAAAAAUCACAGUAGAAUCAAUAGGGAAAAUAGCAGGAGCAGAUAUGCUGUAUAUCCUGCUGAAUAAAAGACUGGCAGAGUCAAAUAAUAGCAGUGCUGCCAUAGAUCUGGGUCACGCAUACUUCCAUGGGAGAGGCGUAAAGAAGGACUUAGGCAAGGCAUUCUCCAGAUAUUAUUCAUCUUCCCUUAUGGAGAGUGCAGAGGGAGACUAUCUCACAGGAUGGAUGUACGAGAUGGGAUGUGGAGUAGCCAGGAAUUACGACCUAGCAAAAAGAUUCUACAGUCAGAUGUAUGAGAAGGAGGAAAGUGCCUAUGUAAUAUACUGGGUACUUAUGAUAAGAGUCUUCUUCAAAGAGAAUCUUGCCAAGAUAAUUUCACUCCUGGUGGUAUCUGCUUCAGUUUGUUUAGGAUGGGUGACCAUUCCGCAGGCACUUGUCUUCCUGAAUAGAAGAAAGACAGUUUCACCUGCAGCACCUGCAGUAGCACCAAGUACAUAG